AUGGCACCUUCACGUGUUGACACUGUCAAUACUACUACAUACAAUCCAUCGAAGGUUCAAGAGCGGACUCAAACAGGUGACUGGCGGGAUGAUUUCUUUAGAGAUGGCUUCGCUGUCAUCAAGAACGUCCUACCAAAGGAUCGGGCUCAGCAAUACCGGAGUGAUUCUCUUACUUGGCUAAAAUCAUUUGGCUUGGGCUUUGAUCGUAACGACAAUAGUACCUGGAAAAAAGAAAAUCUUCCUCAGAACUGGAAAGGGGGGAUGUACCUUCAUUUUUCUGCGGCUCAUGAGAAUUAUAUGUGGGAUAUUAGAUGUGAACCCGGCGUGAUCAAUCCAUUUUCUGAGCUCUGGGGAACCGAGGAGUUGGUAGUUUCCUUCGACACUGUAAACAUCACUCUCCCUCAAUCGAUUGUCGGUCCCUACGACUCAUCUCCCUGGCCACAUGUCGACCAAGCCCCAGAACGCAGAGGCCUCCGCUGUGUCCAAGGAAUUGUGAAUCUCUCCAACUCCGGUCCCAACGACGGUGGUUUAGUCGUGAUGAAGAAAUCAUCAUCCUUCUUCAACCAGUUCUUCGACGAAAACCCAGUCACCGGUCCCACGCCCUGGCGAACAGCCAAACAUGAGGAUUUUCAUCCUUUCCAAGAAAAAGACCUUGACUGGUAUCAUGCACAGGGGUGUGAAUUGAUGAAAGUGUGUGCUGAGCCUGGAGACUUGAUCCUUUGGGACUCGAGACAGAUGCACUGGGCUCAAUUCGGCGAGUCGGAUCUCAUUCGGACUAUUGCUUAUGUGACGUAUACGCCUGCGGCGUGGAUGUCUGGAGAAGAUCGCCUGUCGAAGAAGGAAUUGUUUAAACAUUAUGAAACUACGACUCAUUGGCCGCAUACCAAUCUGUUUUCACAUGGGAAGGCUAUGGUUACGGUUGAUGGAGUAGAGACACCUGAUCCGGUAGAGACGGAUGAGCCGAUCACAAAGCCGGUCAAGAGUGAAAAACUUCUUAAACUCGCGGGGGCACUGCCUUAUUAG